AGCAAAUCUCUUGCCAGGUGUUUAGUGGCGUGGCGUUGUUGACACUUUGCACUUAGCGAUGUGAUACUAUCGUCUCGGCCAUUCAUUCGCUAACUGGAUUCGUAAGCCACUUGUGACUAGUGACAGUAUUUUCGAUAGAGUCGACUGUUUAACAAUACAGGAAUAUAUGUGAAUUGGAGUCAUCGGUACACAUAACUAAGAGUCUAUGAUGUAACUAGUUCUGAUGAGGCUUUUACUAUGAACGAAUCGGAGGAGCAAGACACGUAUGUCAGCCAACUUAGGGAGGUAUUUCAGAGUUGUGACAUAAAGAAUAAGGGCUUUUUGAAUAGAGAAGAACUCAUUUUGCUAUGCCACAAGCUCCAACUGACAGAAAAAACGAAUAUCUUUGUGUAUCAAUUAUUAGGAGAUGAUCCAAAUGCUAAAGUUGGUUUCGAUGAGUUUAAAGAAGGAUUUGUAUCACUUCUCACCGAAUCAGUUGGCUUAGCAGAUUCUGCAGAAAAUGAUAAUGAAGAGGAGACGGGAAGCCAGCAUCUUUCAGAUAGAGAAGUAUCUCCGAAAUUUGUCCUGGGUACGAAAAAGUACGGACGACGUUCUCGUCCGGUAUUUAAUGAAGAUGGCGGAACUCCCGAUUAUUCGGAUUCUGAGUUACUUUGCGUUCCUAUAGACGGAACUCCAUCACUUCUUCGAAGAUCUUCCCUUACUAAAAAUUCGGUUACGGAUGUCGAUAAUAAGAUGGAAUGUAGUUACGAAUCGCCAAUUAAAUACGGAAGUAAUGGUAAUUUACCCAUGGUAACGAUUUCUUCUGAUCAGCAAGUGCUGGAAACGUUCGAAUCGGAAACGAAUCCUCAUCUCGAUGUGCCAAUGGAAUCCGAUUCGAAUUUAGAAACAAAUCCGGAGGAAUACUUGCAAGGAAUAUGGAAAAAAUUAGGAGUGGGCAAGGACGGUUACUUGAAUCUCGAAGAAUUAGCCAGAGUUUGCGAACGGAUCGGUAUGGAAAUGUCCGACGAGGUGGUCACUCAAUUAUUCGAAAAAUUAGACUGUGAUCAGGAUGGAAAAGUUAGUUUUGAAGAAUUCCUUCAAGGUCUCUUCCAACAUGGCGGACCACAAACCGCAGAACUGAACGAAAUACAGAUAACAGACAGUCCAUUACACAAGAAUAAAUUCUAUAAAGAAGAUUCUCAAGAAGAUCACCAGAUGGCGGUAGUGACGUCAGAAUCGGGGAUAUUUUCCUCCAUCGAUCCGGAAAACACAGGGUGAGCCUCAAUUAUGUAAUUUAAUAAUAAUAAUAAUAAUAAUAAUAUCAUUAUUAUUAUUUUCUUAAAAUUAUCAUUAUUAUUAUUUUAUUUUUUUUUUAAAAUAAACAUUUUAAACUUGGUAUAAAUAUUGACGUCAUUUCCGUAAAUUGGGGUCGCCCUUUAAAAAUUAAACUGUCAAAGAAAUGUGUAUAAAACGAUAAAGAUUGCAAAAAGUCAGGAAGAAAAAUAACAAAGAGGGAAAUUGUAUUUGGUAACAAAUCACCUUACAUUAAUGUAGUUAUGAAAAACGAGCGUCAUGGUAGGGGAACCAUGAAUAAAGGCAGUUAAUUCACUCUAAGAAGUGCAUUUGUUAUGAAAAAAAUAUUUAAAAAAAAAUUACAGAAUAAAACAAGUUAAGUAGUAAGAAAAGAAGAAGAGAAAAAAAAUUAUAAUACAACCAGCUGCUGAAUUCGCUAACAUUUAUCAAAUAAAUUUUAAAUCAUUACAGAAGUAAAGAUAAGUUACAGGAACGAAGGAAAAUUGUAAUUUAUCUAAAGUCUU